GAACUGUUCCAACCUUUCUGUGAAUAAUGUGUCAGUAAGUUAUACUGUAUACAGUACAAGGAGACUAUUCACUUAAGGUUUGUAAUCAAUUGGAGCACUUGAGUCAGUUACCUCCUUGUCUGUCCAUGUCUUGGCUAAGUUCUGAACUCUUCUCCAGGAGCACAUUCUGUUCUAAAGACACGUUAUGAACCACCAGCUAUAACUGGGAUCCAAUAACUGUCAGUUGAACCAUGAGCGGGGCAGCUUUAGGAAUCGAAAUUGUGGUUGUUUUCUUCUUGGCGUUGUUCCUGCUUCACCGAUAUGGGGAUUUUAAGAAGCAGCAUAAGAUGGUGCUCUUUGGCACGCUGUUAGCCUGGUACCUCUGCUUCCUCAUCGUCUUCAUUCUCCCGCUGGAUGUCAGCACGACUAUUUACAAGCAGUGCAAGAUUGAUAGUGAAGAACAUUCUACCAAUUCUGCAGUAACAGCUCAUUCCAGUCAGUCUACAAGAAAUGACAGCACCACUCCAGCAGGGUUACGCAAAGAGUGUUACAAACCAUGGAGCUACAUUCCAGAUGGUAUUAUGCCCAUAUUUUGGCGUGUGGUCUACUGGACAUCCCAGUGCCUGACCUGGCUCUUGUUACCUUUCAUGCAAUCCUAUGCAAGGUCAGGAGGGUUUUCCAUCACAGGGAAAAUCAAAACUGCCCUGAUUGAGAAUGCAAUCUAUUAUGGGACAUAUCUGCUGAUUUUCGGAUCUCUGUUAAUCUAUGUAGCUGUACACCCAAACUUGAUUGGGCACCUUGAUUGGUACCAGUUGCAAACAAUUGGGAUCACAGCAGCCAACACCUGGGGUCUGUUCCUCCUGGUGCUGCUGCUGGGCUAUGGGCUGGUGGAAAUCCCACGCUCCUAUUGGAAUGCAUCAAGGCGAGGACACUUGCUGAUGAAAACCUACUUCAAGGCAGCUAAACUGAUGACAGAAAAAGCUGAUGCAGAGGAAAGCUUGGAGGAUGCAAUGGAGGAGGUUCGUAAAAUCAGCGAAUGCAUAAAGUACAACCACCCCAUGAGAAAAAACAUUGAUACUAUUCUUAAAAAGUGCCCCACCGAGUACCAGGAGAAAAUGGGACGGAACAUGGAUGAUUAUGAAGAUUUUGAUGAGAAGCAAAACGUGUAUCCAAGUGAGAAAAGUUUGGUUAAGCUGCAUAAACAGGUGAUUUAUGCAGUGCAGAGGCAUAACCGUACCCGUGUCCAGUGGCAGAUUCUUCUGGAGACAGCUUUCCACUUGGAGGAUGUGGCGAAGAACGAGACCAGCGGCACGCACCAGUUUGUCAGGAGCUACACUCCCCAGGAACCAGAGGGCUUUAUCUCCCGGUAUCUCUACACACCGACAGUAGAGUGGUACUGGGAGUGCCUCUUGCGGCAGUGGUGUUACCGAAUCCUGGCCGUGAUGGUCACGCUGUUUUCUGUUGCGGUGGUUUGGUCCGAGUGUACUUUCUUCAGCACCCAGCCCGUCCUCUCACUCUUUGCAGUCUUCAUUCAGCUGGCUGAGAAGACCUACAACUACCUGUAUAUCGAGAUGGCUUGUUUUCUCACCAUAUUCUUCCUGUGCACCUGCGUUUACUCCACUGUAUUCAGGAUCCGAGUCUUUAACUACUACUACCUGGCUUCACAUCACCAGACAGAUGCCUACAGCCUGCAGUUCAGUGGAAUGUUAUUUUGCCGUUUGACCCCUCCACUAUGUCUGAAUUUCCUGGGACUGAUCCACAUGGAUUCUGCCAUCUCCCACCAGAAUAGAGAGCAGACUGCCUACACCUCUAUCAUGGGUUCAAUGCGUGUGCUCUCCUUUAUUGCUGAUGGCUUUUACAUCUACUAUCCUAUGCUGAUCGUUCUUCUCUGUAUAGCCACGUACUUCAGUCUAGGAACUCGCUGUUUGAACUUGCUGGGGUUCCAGCAGUUUGUGGGGGACAAUGACAUGACUUCAGACCUCAUAGAUGAGGGCAAGGAGCUCAUUCGGAGAGAGAAAAGAAAACGGCAAAGAGUAGAAGAUGGAGAAAACAGAAGAAGGGAAUGGAAGGAGCGCUAUGGAAAUCAGCGAGAGGACUAUACCCGCAACAGGAAUGUACAGUCCUCUGAAAUGAAAGAGACCAACUACUCAGACACCAACAACAGCAACAGGCAAGCAACUAAGUACACCCGGUCGAAUAGCCGUCCCGAACGGGACCGGAUUGAGCUGCUACAAGAGGCCGAGCCCAUGGAUUUCAAUGCCGAGACAUUCGCUGAUGACCCCCUUGAUGCUGAAUCUGGAAGGCACCCAGCAGGGGGAAGAUAUUUGUCAAUGUCUCGAAGCCGGAUCUUUGACGAUGUCUGAUUUUGGUUAACUUCAGCUGAAGCGGAUCACAGUGAACACACACUCUCAUGGGUUUCUUUACAAUUCUCUCUCUUCUGGGGUCUUCCGUGGGGCUGCGCAGAACUGCGGGCUGAAACGAGGUGUUCUUGUUUCUGUGAAUGUGUUGUAUUAACAAUUUACCUCUUCUGAUCAAUUAAAUUAUGUAUUUUGUAAUUAUGUAACUACAUUUUUUUUCUUCUGUGAAAUGUUUCAUGUAUUCACUGUAGAGCCCAUGCUAGUUGAGGGAGGGAAGAAGAAUCUGCUGUAUACUUGUAGUUUUGCAAGGCAGUGACAGCCUGUGGAUAUAGAGGUUUCCACUGAUUCUUCAAUACAAGGUAACAUUCAGCCUCAUCUGAUGAUAGUACAGGGGUUCUAUGAGGAGUGAGGCUGUAGUGUUACUGCAUCACAACCCAAUUGUACAAUCAUGCUUUUUGGUUUUUAUAUAAUUUGGGGAAUAAUUGGAAGUAGUAAAAUAACUCUUAUUUAUUCACCUGCAGCUUUUUAAACAUAUAUAAUAGGGAAGUAUUCAGAGAUUGUUUUAUAUAUGAAAUUAGAUUUAGUAGAUGCAGAAAUUCAUCCACUUUGCUGAGAAGCAAAAAUGUUAUGAGACACAGAAGACCUAAAAAAAAUAAAUAAAAAAACUAACAGAAAGCAAAUGUAACACCUCCCAAUGAAUAAAAAUGAAAAGCAAACGGCAGCUAACUUAAAGAAAAAAUAAUUAUUUUGUUAAGAAGGAAUUAUUUUAUCCUGUCAAAUCUUUUUAGUUGUGUUUUGUAUAUUUGUUGUGAGUCUAUGUGUGGAGGGUAGGUUAUUCUCAUUGCAGUUUCAAUAUUUAUAUACUGUGCUUUUACUGCCUUUUAAGCUUUUCAGUUACUUGUUUAACAAAAUGGCUUUGGGAACCACUUUAUUAUGUGUUAAGCAUGGUUGUGUUGCUUUUACUGGAAGCCGUCUGGAUUCACUAGAUAGCCUUAGAUCAGUUUGAUUUCACUAUUGUAACAUAUCUUAUCAUGUUGUAAAUACUAUACCUUGUUUUAGGGUUCAGAAUUGUGUAACCAUCACUGUAAUUGAAACACUGGAAAGGCACACAAGCUGCUGUGAUGGUAGAGUGAAGCAAACUCCAUUGCUCUUUUCUCUUUUUUUUUUAUACACUUUGCUAUGACAUCAUAAACUGGCAGCCAGGAGGAACAUUUUAGAUUGAUACGGUAAUUUAAAGUCAUAAAUACUGUAAAUACAUGUGUUACGUUUAACAUAUGACAGUCGCCUAUAUAAAUAUUUGCUUUGAUUGUGAUUUUCCAUGGUUAAUGACUUCUGUAUCUCAAAGCAUACUUUAAGUAAGGACAAAGAUCACUGACUAAUUUAGAAAAAAAGCAACUGGUCAACCAAAUACACACAUAAUAAAAAGGAGGUUACAAAAAGCGUUUUGUUCUUGUAUGAUUUUAUUAGAUAGAAUAGAAAAUACAGUAAUUUAUCAGGCAUUUGUGUGUGUGUGUGUGUGUGGUUAUUUUUUAGUAAGCUUACUUUUUAAAUUGAUUAUAAUUAAAAUGUCAGAAGUUAAACAUGUAGGUUUGUUAUUUUAAAGUUGCAUUGGCAUAUUCAAUAUUAAUUUAACACGUUGGUACAUUUUUAAAUGAUUUAGUUGACACUAUUUUUCAAAUGCAUUUUGGAAGUGAAUCAUAGAUAAAGAUUAAGUCCAGUCAUUGCAAUGUGCCAAAAACGCUCACGUUUUUUUUUUUUCUUUAAUUAGAAGUAACCGUCACAGCAGAUGAAUAUAAUAUUUAACUGAUCAAGUAUGGCAAACAUUGACAAAAAUAAAAUAUAAAAGGGACAUAUUUUGAAGGUUACAUAAUCAGACUGUGCUUUUGAAGGUGUUUUUCCAGGAGCAUCAAAUCAUUUUGACUCACCUAACAAUUUGUUAGACUACUUUAUUUUUUUUUCCUACGUGUUUGUGUAUGUAUUUUAGUUUACAUAUUAUUUAUUUUCUUUUGUUAUUAUUCUUGGUGCUGCAAUGAAGUUCUGUUGAGGGGAGUGUUACCUGGUUUUCCUAAUAGAGUACUGCAGCCAAAAAAAAACAAAAAAAAAUUUGAAUGUCCAGUAGCUAAAUAUUUUUCUUUGAAAAGACAAAACGUAUUAAAAGUUUCAACAAGACAGACAGACAAAGAGACACAUCUGAGACAGCCCCUGACUCCAUGCAGAGGUAGCCUUAUUAUGGUACAGUAGGUAAUGCAAGCACGUUUUUAGUGCGCCUUCAAUGGUGCCUUUUUAUGUCUGCACUGUAAGUAUGAAAGCUCCUUCAACCCUGGGCUACUCUUAGCAAUGGCCAUGGGAACAGUGAUCAGAUUGAAGCUGAAACCUAUAAAUCAGGAAUCUUGAUUUAAAUUGAAUUGAUAGCACUUACAUGCUUUACACACACACACACACACACACAUAUAUAUAUAUAUAUAUAUAUAUAUAUAUAUAUAUAUAUAUAUAUACAUACACACACACACACACACACACACACACUUACCAUAUGCACAUAACUGUAAACUAUAUUUGACACUUUAGGGAAUGUUCUUUUAUGCUAAACAUCUUUGUAAAUGCCAGGCUUUCUGUUUGUGACUGCAACAGUUUGAUUGUCAAUAGAGUGGUCCAUUAACCCUUUAAGGGCCUAGCAUUUUAAUAAGGAACACAGUUUCGUUUUAGCAUGUUUUCUAUUGCUGCGGGUAGAAAUUACACAACAGCUCUGCUUCCUUUAGGGAUAAUUUGCUUUAUAUUGUCAGUACUUCAGCAAACUGUAUAUGUAAUGCUUUCAACCAGUUAGUCAUUUUGAGGUACAAAAGAAAACAUUUUGACUGGCCUUAAGACUGCUUUACCUAAAGUAAAAUUAGGUAUUUGAAAAUCAGUGAUAAUUUAAAGUCAUUGUUAGUAGUUACUCUAAAUUUACUUGUUAGUAGUUACUCUAAAGUUUAAAAUAGGAAAUAAUCCAUGUUGAGAAACACAAAUUCCACCCACAUGUGCUUUAAUGUACGAGCAGAAAAAGUUACAUCUUGGCUAAUUGCCUCCAUGUGCUGACAACAUGUGCUAUGAGAUGCAUAUCUUGAUAAAGACCUAAUUUACAAACUGUAAAUAAUGUAAUGCAUCAACAAACCACCUAAAAUAGUAUUUUACAUAGCACGACUUUCACCCAAGAAUGACGUGAUCAUGGGAGAACCUGAACUGCUUCACUUUAUCUUUUCUAUGCCUGUAUUAUAUGCUUUCAUAGUAUCCCUUUACUGUAUGUGACAUAGUGAGAUGAUGUCAUGUUUAUGUUAUAAUAUAAUUUAUUGAUAAUGUAAUGGUUCAAAUGUCUGUAUAUCUGAAAUUAUAUUUAAUCCAAAGAAAUGUAGUGGUGUACUAAAUAAAGUGAAUUCUAUUUACUUGCCUUUGUUUUGUGUUCAGAUUUUAUUUCAAGAUCAUGAAGACACAAAAAGUGGUUAUAGUUUACAGUAUGCUGUUACCAGGACCACAACGAUGCUGAGAUUGACAUUUUCAUUUUUAUCUUUUUUUUCUUAUAAACCUGACAAGUCAGCAAUAUGUAGGAUGGACUACAAAUUCAAAACAAAAACGCAAGGCCUGAUUCUGACGCAAGUACAAAGUUGUUCACUAUUUAAACCAGUAUUAUAAAAGUAGCAAAAUCCACAUAAUUGCAAAUCAAAAUCAGUAAAUUAUUGUUUUGAGAGGUUUCUUUUUAAUUUGAUAAUAACAACAAUUAUGUUAAUGGCAAGCUGUGCAUUCAUUAUAAAUGGUCUACAGUGUAGUUGUACCUUUGAUAAGCUGCUAUGUAUUCCUCAUACAGUAGAUUCUUUGCAAAUCUGUUAAUAAACAUUGGCACUUUGCAGCUGAGGUACAAUAAAGGGGCUUAUGAUGAAAGGCCCAUGGUCGCUAUAUGAUACUCAUUUCUGUUGUGCUUCCUAUCUAAAUGCCAUCUGGAAUAUCACAUCAUGCAGAAUGAAGGAAGCUAGCUUGGGAACUCUGAACUGCACAGUGGCAGACUCGCUUAAUUUUUUGCUUCACAAGCCAACCACCCUCAACUGGCUCCCCAGUCCUGUUAGGAGAUAAUAACAGUGACAAUAAGGGACCGUCUUGAAGUUCAGGGCCCAUGCGAGACUCGCCGUUACUGAGGCGUGACAGGGCUCCAUUCAUGAGCUGCAGGGCUCUUCCAAACAGCCUGUGCUUUCCAUACAAUACGGUGCUGUGAGAGCCUCCCAGACAAUUUAGUUUGCAGAGAAUGAAAUGCCAGACUCAAUCAGGGUGUCCCUUCAGAGAAAUGUGAUUUCAAGGGUUGCGGCUCUCUUUGUAGCUGGCUGUCUGUGAUGGCAGUUCAGGUUUUGGGGUUCGACACUGAGUUUUACCUGUUAGCUCCUCUGCUCUGGUGGACAGUUUUUACUUUACAGUUUUCCUCUGAGAAAAGCAGCAAUGGCUUUGAAAUACCCAAGCUGAGGUAUUUAGGGACUUCCACAGUCCACAAGUUCUGCAUUAGUUAUCUAACAGAAACCAUGUAUCACUUCAGCAAACAAAUGCUGUACAAUGUAGUCAACAGAGAUGUUUUUUGCUUAGGAUAUAAAGAGAAUAAGCCACAGAGCCUCAUGGUUUGUGGAACUUGUCCAAGUCAAGCUCAAGCAGUUAAUUCUUGUGGUCUAUAAAGAUCUCCAAACCACAUGGGUCUGUAGUACUGACUCCUUUCCUUCUUUACUGCAUCCCCCAGGAAAACUUAUCAUGUUUUACAUACUGUUGGAC